UCCCAUGUGGUGUUGAAAAAUGGACGCGCACAUGAUUUCGUAUUUUACGAGGUUUUAAAAAUGUUUUCGUGUUGUGUCCUGAAACGUUGAACAAGAGAAACUGACUACUUUGUGAGAAAGUGUAGAGUGAAAAUGACAGACAUGCCUCCUUAUCUUGCCGUAAAAGAUGAGGAGAAGAACAGUGGACAAAGUGACAGUGAAUCUUCUUCGGACGUAGAUGACUGGGAUUUGCCCCUGAGUUUCGAUAAACCCAGGCAUCUUGAGGUGAUAAAAGGAGCCGAGCGCGUGGAGCACUCAUGGAGGGUGAAAGAAAAGUACAAGACACACUGUGUGGCACUGGUUCUGUGCCUGAAUGUGGGAGUAGAUCCCCCAGACAUCGUGAAGACGCAGCCAUGUGCCCGGCUCGAGUGUUGGAUAGACCCCAACUCACUUUCACCGAGCAAAGCGUUGGAGAGCAUCGGGCACUCGCUGCAGCUGCAGUACGAGCGCUGGCAGCCGCGCGCCCGCUACAAGCAGUCCCUCGACCCCACCAGUGACGAGGUGAAGAAGCUAUGCUGCUCGCUGCGGCGCAACGCCAAGGACGAGCGGGUGCUAUUCCACUACAACGGCCACGGCGUGCCCAAGCCCACCGUGCAGGGCGAGAUAUGGGUCUUCAACCGGGCCUACACGCAGUACAUCCCGCUGUCGAUGUACGACCUGCAGACGUGGAUGGGCGCGCCGUCGCUGUACGUGUACGACUGCGCCAACGCCGGCGUCAUCGUCGACAACUUCAAGCAGUUCGCUGACCAGCACGAGCGCGAGUAUGAGGCGGCGCUGAGUUCGCGCGGCGCAGGCGAGGGCCCGGCGCCGGCGCCGGUGUCGUACCGCAACUGCAUCCAGCUGGGCGCGUGCGCGGCGGGCCAGAGCCUGCCCAUGAACCCCGAGCUGCCCGCCGACCUGUUCACGGCGUGCCUCACCACGCCCGUCAAGAUGGCCAUGAAGUGGUUCGUGCUGCGCACGCGCACGCGCGUCACGCCGCACAUCGUCAACGAGCUCAUCGACAAGAUCCCCGGGCAGGUGACGGACCGGCGCACGAUGCUGGGCGAGCUGAACUGGAUCUUCACGGCCAUCACCGACACCAUCGCCUGGAGCUCGCUGCCCGCCGAGCUGUUCCAGCAGCUGUUCCGCGCCGACCUGCUCACCGCCAGCCUGUGCCGCAACUUCCUGCUCGCCGACCGCGUCAUGAGGUCGUACAACUGCACACCAGUGUCGAUGCCGGCGCUGCCGUCGCUGGCGCGGCACCCGCUGUGGGCGGCGUGGGAGCACACGCUGGACCUGGCGCUGGCGCAGCUGCCGGCGCUGCUGGACGAGCGCGCGCCCGCCGACUACCGCCACUCGCCCUUCUUCCGCGACCAGCUCACCGCCUUCCAGGUGUGGCUGGAGCUCGGCUCGCCGUCGCGCAGCCCGCCGUCGCAGCUGCCGAUGGUGCUGCAGGUGCUGCUGAGCACGCUGCACCGCGUGCGCGCGCUGCGCCUGCUGUGCCGCUUCCUGGCGCUGGGCGCGUGGGCGGCGCGCGCCGUGCUGGCCGUCGGCAUCUUCCCCUACAUGCUCAAGCUGCUGCAGGCCUCCGCGCACGACCUGCGCGCCUCCAUGGUCUACAUCUGGGCCAAGAUCGUCGCCGUGGACCCGAGCUGUCAGGUCGACCUGGUGAACGCGAAAGGCCACAAAUACUUCUUGUCCGUGCUCGCGGAUCCCACAGUCGACAGCGAGCACAGAACGCUAGCAGCAUACGUGCUCGCAGGGAUCGUGGACAAUUAUCCCGCAGGACAAGAGGCAGCUUUACAGGGAUCCAUGAUCUCAAUUUGCCUGGAGCAGCUGACGGACUCGUCGCCGGCGCUGCGGCAGUGGGCGUGCAUAGCGCUGGGCCGGCUGUGGCGCGCCUACGACGCGGCGCGCUGGGCCGGCGCGCGCGACCUCGCGCACGAGAAGCUGUACCCGCUGCUGCUCGACCACGCGCCCGAGGUGCGCGCGGCGUGCGCGUUCGCGCUGGGCUCGUUCGUGCUGUGGCACGGCGCGCGCACGGAGCACGGCAACGCGCUGGAGCAGCAGGUGGGCGUGCAGCUGGCCGCGCGCGCCGCCGCCGACGCCUCCGCGCUCGUGCGCAUGGAGAUAUUAGCCGCCUUGCAGUGGUUGGUUCUCUCGUUCGAGCAGUAUUUCAUAGCUGUAUAUCUCCAGGAACGUGACAGAAGAAAUUUCAACAAGGGCACCCGCCCGCGUCGGCCGGAGCGGACUAUGGACUUGGAUCGUGCCGUGGAUGCUCUGGCACUGGGCACGCGCUCGCCGCGCUCCUCCGUGCCUGCGUGCGUGCUGCCCUCCAUCGGCUUCGGGUCGGUGUACAUGAAGCUGUGGAGCACGCUGUGCGCCAUGUCGCGCGAGCCGCACCCGCAGGUGGCGCAGAUGGCCGCCGACAUCAUCGCCUACAUCGCCAACCAGGCGGACACGGUGGGGCGCGAGGUGGAGUCCCCGCUGCGUAGCAGCAGCGGCGCGGGCAGCAGCGCGUCCCUGCCGCCGUCGCCCAACACGCGGCCUUCGCCUCUUGCACAUGCCAGCGAUGUGCGCACGCUGCCGCACCCAGGAUCCCGGCGCGCCAAGACCGGCCUCCCACAUACCAUAUCCGAAGAUUCGGUCGCUCAGCGAGACCGCGAGUCCACUCGCGAUCGCGAUUCUACCUCGUCUAAUUCUAGUCAACCGGCCAAGAAGGCGAUAGUGCAGACUGCGUUCGUGGAGUGGGCGGCGGCCACGUUCGGGCAGAGCGACGCGGCCGCCUGCCUGCGCGACCCCGAGGCGCGCGCGCACCACGAGCGCGUGUGGCGGUGCGCGCGCAACCGCAGCCUGCGCCACGAGGCACGAGGUAACGCGGCGAGCGACGCGGCCGCCUGCCUGCGCGACCCCGAGGCGCGCGCGCACCACGAGCGCGUGUGGCGGUGCGCGCGCAACCGCAGCCUGCGCCACGAGGCACGAGCGCUGCGCGGCGCGCGCUGCGGCCGGCUGGAGACUCAGGCGUUCCACUCGCGCUGCGCGCUGCCGCCCGCCUGCGUGCUGUUCCACCCCUACGAGCAGCACGCCGCCGUCGCCUCCAAGGACAACUUCGGCAUCUGGGACUGGGGCACGGCGGCCAAGCUGUGCGUGGGCGCGUGGGCGCGCGCGUGGGGCCGCAUCAGCGCGCUGGCCUACCUCAACGCGCACGACCACGCGCUGCUGGCCGUCGCCUCGCACAAGGGCAACCUCGCCGUCUACAGGCCGUCGAGCAGCACGACGGAGCCGACGCUGGUGGCGGCGUGGCGCGCGCUGGACGUGCGGCCGCAGCCCGACUACCGCCCGCCGCCCGCGCAGCCGCUCAUCAGUCUGGCGCAGCUGGUGUCGGAGCAGUUCAUCUCGGCCGACGAGCGGCACGGCGCGCGCCAGCGGCACGCCGGCGCCGACAGUGAUGCGAGCGCGGGCUACAGCGCCACGCCGCCGCCCACGCUGCUGCGCUGGUGCGGGCGGCGCCGCUCGCUGGCGCUGGCCGGGCCCGCGCCCGCCGUGCGCCUGUGGGACGCGCACGUCGAGCUGCUGCAGGCGCACAUCGACACGCAGUGUGAAGCGGGCGUGACGUCACUCUGGCGCGGCAGCGACGGCAGCGGCGGCGGGUCCGGGGGAGCGGCGCACGAGCUGGUGUGCGGCUUCGCGGACGGCAGCGUGCGCGCCUGGGACGAGCGCGCGCCCGCCGCGCCCGCCUACAGCCUGCAGCACCACGCCGCGCCCGUGCUGGCCGCCGCCGCCAGGCACGACCGCCACGCGCUCGUCACCGUCUGCACCUCAGGCUUCGUGCGCGUGUACGACGCGCGCAAGCUGGCGGCGUGCGUGUGCUCGGCGCGCGCGCCCGGCCCGCUGGCCGCCGCCGACGUGCACCCGCUCGCCGACGUCAUGGCCUGCGGGUCGGUGAACCAGUGCAUCAGCAUCUUCGACCUGAAGGGCGGGCUGCUGAACAGCAUCAAGCACCACGAGGGCUUCAUGGGCGCGCGCAUCGGGCCCGUCGCCUGCCUCGCCUUCCACCCGCUCCGGGUGGCGCUGGGCGUGGGCUCCAAGGACUCGUCCGUGUGCGUGUAUGUAGCGGAGGCGCGCCGGUGACCCUCGCUCUACAGCCUCGCGCUGCCGCUGCCCUUCCACCAGUGAGCGCUGCAGCCCAGCUCCGCGCGGGCGGCAGCGGGCGCGAGGCCCCGCCCCUGAACGUGCUCGUGGCUCCCCGCGCCCGCAGCCCCCGCACUC